AUGAACGUUGCCACGCCUCUCUCCCCGCCUAACACGCUGGAUGCCCGGAGCCAUGCAAGGUCCGCGUCCGAGGCCGCCGUCGACCCCGCGCCGUUGCAGCCCAUCGCCGGUGCCUUCACCGCUGCUGCCCCCGCGACGCCCCUGGACCGUCGGCCAAAGAAGUCGUCCUCCACUUGCGCGACCUGCCGCCAUCGCAAGGUUCGAUGCAACGGCGCUCGUCCCAUGUGCUCCAAUUGCCAACGCCUCGGCUUCCCCUGCUCCUACGACGAGGCCGACGCUGAUGCAUGGCAAAUCGCCCUACCACGUCGCCGCGUCAAGCAGGCCUGUCUUACCUGCCACAGCCGCAAGGCAAGGUGCUCCGGCCACCUACCCAGCUGUGAGCGAUGCUCCUCGCUCGGUCUAGACUGCGUCUAUCGUCCCACCAAGCGCAUCAGGACGCCAUCUCAUCCCCACGGCAGUAUUAGGAGCCCCGCCACUCGCUCCAUAGACAGUGACAGCUACGAUGCCCGCGAUGACAGCGAUCGUGCCAUGAGUGACCCGGUCAGCACACCCGCCUCCUACGGCCAUGACGGUCCCUCGCCAGACGAGUCCUUUGACUCCUUAAUCCGGCGAACCUUUGAAAAGUUCUUUCAUCAUAUCCAUCACAUCCCCGUGUUCUCCUUCCUGCACCGCGCCUCUCUGAUGGAGCAGUACUAUGCUGGAAAAGUAGACAAGGCCCUCCUUCUCGCCCUCAUCGGCAUUACCUCGUGUCUUACUAGCAUGGGCCCCGGCAUACGUGAAUAUGGUGACGGAUGCAUAGACGAGGCAGAGUCGCUCAUCUUUGCCGACUACACAAUCCCCUCGACCAUCAAAGUGCAAGCGCUAGUCCUCAUCAUUAAGCACCGUAUACUCUGCAGCAAAUUUCCCAGCGCCUUUAUGCUCUUCAGCCUCGCCUCCCGCUUCGCCGCUGCUCUCCGCCUCAAUCAUCACAGCCCCAAUCUCUGCUUCCUCGCCCAGGAGUCGCGCCGCCGCCUCAUGUGGUCGCUCUACUGCAUUGAUUCUGGGAUAUCGGGCGGCUUUGCCGAGUAUUCGCUUUGGCGCGCUGACCGUAUCUAUGUUGGCCUGCCGUGCAAUGAGCGUAACUUUGAGUUUGACCUCUCAAAGCCCACCGAAAAGCUGGUCCCCGACCCCGACGACCCGAACCAACCCCGGUCCGAAGACAUUGGCAGCUUAGCUCUCAAUGUCCGCAUUUUGCACAUUCGGCAAAAGAUUAUCGAAUUCACAAAGACCGCACUCAUCGGCCGCAACAUCAAUGCCGCCGAGUUGCAGAGCCGGGUCAUUGGCCUGCACCAGGAACUGGAGGACUUUGCUUUCCGCAUGCCCGCCUCAUUUCAGUUUUCGGAAAACUCUAUGCGUCUGCGUGCGUACUCGCCUCGAAUAUGUGCCUUUGUCAUGAUCCACAUAUACUGGCGCCAGUGUUACAGCGAUCUCUACCGUCUAGCUAUGACGGGCUUUCGCGAUGCACUGCCGCUGGAGACGCUCGAGUCACUGGACCAGAGCUUUCUCGACCACUGCCAGCGCCAGUGUGUAGAACACUCCAUCGCCAUGACCGACAUCUUCCAGUGCAUGGAGAAGCUCCAUGCUCGGCCCAUUGCCGAUCUCGACCUGGCCAUUUGCGCAUUCCAGUGCGCCCGCACAUUGCACUACGCCUACCGCCUCGAUGCCGUCAAAUUUGGCCUCGCGGCGGAAAGCGUGCUUGAACAGUCCAAGGCGUGCCUCAAGGUCAUACAACAGUGCUGUCGCGGGCCGGCCGCGGCCGGCGUGCAGGCCGACCUCGAGCGCCUGAUCAAUGGAGGCCUCGGCGCCGCCGACACGUCGUCGCCCGUCCUCGAAGCGCAGAAUAGUACACGCGGGCGCACCGCCUUUCCGCAACACCCGGUUCUCAGGAAUAUUCGCGUAGGCGACGAGCCGUCUGUGAUCCACACCCCUGCGCGCCUGAGCAACGGCUCAGGAGCGCGACCCGACGUGUACAGUCCCAAUAUGGCCAUGCUGUCGCCGACGAUGCUGCCGGACGCUUGGAAGCCUUUUGAGUCGAGCAUGGGUGCCAACGACGAGGAAGAUGCCACGGGGCUGACAUCGACGGAGCUGAAUAAUGCGUACGAAGGUGCCCUAGAAGGCCUGGGACUGGCCAACGGGCUGGACCAUGCGAUGGGUGUCAUGGACCUGAGUACCAUGUGGGCGCCCAACUCUGAAUGGAUGGCGCCGGAAUUCGCCAAUGGCGCGGGCGUAUAA